AUGUCACAGGGAACCGGCAUGCAACCGGAGCUGGAUCACGGAAUAACUGGGCUUUUGACUCAGACGGUUCUACCCAGUCCGGUCAUUCAAUGGAUUCUUCCUGCCCGUCUGCGGAGCAAGAAAAUGAAUGAUGUUGUAUUUGUGGGGCAUCGGCGACUUCAGAUCAAAGAGGCUGCUAAUGGUGGCUACCUGGAAGAUGUGAUGGAGAAGUCAGACUUCGACGGGACCAUAAUAUCGGCAAAAGUUCUCGAUAUCCGCUCUCCGGUUCCUUGGGAUCAACAGUUGAAGAACGAAGGACCUACUUUGGCGAGCAACGGUUAUAUGGAUUAUCAUGACAACCUGCCUUCUCAAAUGCUCGUUCUUUCUCUUGACUACAAAGAACUCCUUUUUCUCUGUUGCCCACGUGGGCCUAUAUCGUCAAAACCAGAAUUUGUUACCUAUCGUCGCCCUCUGCCAGUUGAUGUGAGUCUAGCCGAGAGAUAUGGCAAGCAUGUUGCCGUUGAUCCAAAGUCUCGUGCGAUCGCAGUUGGGGCAGCAAGUAACUACUUCGGAAUUCUACUCCUCAAAUCACCUGGCGUGAUUGAUCAACAAGUCUUCUUAGGCGAGCUCGAUCCCAUUGAAAAGGAAUGCUUUUACAGAAUCGACGGCAAUAUUCUGUUCAUGGAGUUUCUGUACCCAAGGACGCUUUCGGAUGAGAAAAUAAUACUACUUCUCAUAGUGGCCAGAGAUGGACACACUUUUGCAGAGAUCUACGAAUGGAACGAGAAAGAUCCAUCAUCUUUGAACAACCCUCGCAAAAACAAUUUUAAGCUCCACAAGGAGGAUAGGUUACCGAGCACAAUUGUUCCGCUGACCAAAGAGUCCGCCUUUUUGGUGAUAAGCUCAUCUUCUAUGGCAGUCUACCCUCGCAGUGGCCCCUCAAACCGAAUCGGAUAUAGCCCAAUCAUCCCCGACGGAGAUGUCAUGAAAGAAGUUUCCCUUUGGACUCGUUGGACAAGGCCUACGCGCAACUGGCUUUACAGUCAACAAAAGGAUGGGAUUUAUCUCGCUCGAGAAGACGGUUGGAUUCAUCUCCUUGAGUUUGGCAACGAGGGAAAUCUCGAGUCAGACUGUACCCUAGGCCAGGUUCAUAUUCAUGUUGACACCGGGUUUGCCUUCCUUGACAUGGGCCAUGAAGGUGGCGAUUUCAUCCUUGCAUCUGGGAACAUGUCUGAUGGUGGGCUUUUUGAAGUCGAGGCCAGGUGUCCCCCAAGGUGUAUACAGCAAUUCCUGAACUGGGCUCCCGUGAUUGACGCUGUUGUGGUUCCUGAUUCAAGCGGCAAAUUGGGAGUAGAUGUGCCGCGCAAGCGCCUUUUCGUCAGCUCUCCGUCUUCUUCGAAUGGGGCUCUUCAUGAGCUCCGGUAUGGGAUUGAGGCUCAGUUGGGUACCACGACUCCUCUGGAGCAAUUCUUGAGCAUCCGGGAUAUGUGGGUAAUGAUCGACGAAGUGAAUCAUGAAAUUUACGUGCUGCUCUCAGAUCCUCUCUCGACACUCCUACUUUCAAUGAAGCCAGACAUGAAAGAAGGAAUCACUGCACUGCACGAAGAGGAUACAGGAUUUGAUAAUGCUGCUCAAACACUUUCAGCUGGCUGCACUCCCGAGGGCGUGCUGAUCCAAGUGACAGAAAAGGCUACUCACUUGUUCGUCCCUGGAGAGAUGUCUUUGAACACCUGCAUUCCUCAUGAGCCCGAGUCCACACUUGCCGCCGUGUUUGUGGAUGGGCGGAGCUCGGCGGUAGUCAAUGCCCUGAGACAUCAAAAUAGACUUGGGCUUCAGUUCAGUCAGCUCGUUGCUACACCGGACGAAGUUCGACUGGAUUCCGGGCCAUUGUUCGAGAUUCAGAGGGAGCCUGUAUGUCUCUCAAUCAAUACAUUUGAGGCUACAGGAAGUGCCGUCUUCAUAUUCAUGGGCACAGGUGAUGGUAAUGUGAUGGUAUUCACGAUUGAUAAUGGAAAUAUUUCAUUCCUUUUGGAGCAUCACUUAUCCAUCGAAGGGGACCAGGAUAUCUCCCAUGCCGUUGAGAGUCUAGCAAUGAUUCAAGUUACCUGGGAAGGAAGGCCACACGCAUUUCUACUUUGCGGUCUUCGAAGUGGUAUACUUGUCCCAUUCGAGAUCGGGUUUGAGAAUGGUGACAUGAUAGGUUUUCAACAACAAAAACCAUGGAAUAUUGGGAGAACCUCCCUUCGGCUUCAAAGCCAAGGUUCAUUUGCCUUGUUCACAUGUGGUGAUGAACUCUGGAGGGUGUCAUACAGUCAUAACCUUCCAGGAGAAUGCCUUCUUUGGCGAGUUUGGAUCACAGAUCAGAACAAUCCUGCCUAUUUCCCCGUGACAUUUCAUGGGUUUGGUUUAGCCAACCCCCGCGGGCAAGAAUCAACACCAAUUAUCGGGACUCUUUAUUGCUUUGCAGAUGGCGAGCUUCUCAUCUGCUCGCUAACGCAAGAGGCCAAAAUGGUUCCUCGAAGGAUCAGCUUACCCGGAAACCCCAACAAGCUGGCGUAUUCCGAACAUCUCAGGAGAUUCAUUGUCUCAUACAAUGUCACCGAAGUAGAGGACCCGCAAGCGCCUCUUGAGAAAACCACAAGAUCAUACAUUGAUUUCGUCGAUCCAAAUCUACAAGCACAUGUGAAGCCAAACGAUGAUAGGUUAUGGAAAGGACACGGCGCUGCCGGAGAGAUAAUUACUUGCAUUCUGGACUGGGUCUUCGAAAAGGACGGGAAUAAAUUUCACCUGAUCGCUAUUGGAACUUCGCUUGCAGCACUUGAUUCCGAUGAGCCUCCCAAGGGGCGAGUUAUCAUCAUGCGAGCAAGUGCAUCCCCUGCCAACCCUUCCAAGAUUGAAUGUGCAACAAAGCAUGUGCACGAUAUGCCUGGCCCUGUGCGCGCAAUCGCGCCUUACGGGGAUAGCCUGAUAAUUGGGGCAGGGAAAGAAAUCAUCCCAAUGAGUUCCAAGGGAGCUACUACACGAUGGGCCCCAAAUGCUGGACGAACGGCUCCAUCCUCGGUCGUUGGCAUCACGGCUUAUGAAACCUUUGUCUUCGUCACCACAGCACGGAACGGUUUCCUCGUCUACGAAGUCCAGGAUGGGCGCUUGAUCAGCCAUGCCUGGGACCUCCAGCAAAACGACGGAAUGGCCCAUCAGAUCUGUCGUGGGGAAAAGCCCAUGGUAUUCUUGAGCAGUCGUGGCGGCCGGAUUCGAGCGCCUUUGCUAUCACCAGGAGGUUUCCGCGACCGAGGCUUCACGACCCCUCUAACGGCAGAGAACAAGCUUCCCGAUUCUAUUCUCAAAUUCGUGUUGGACUCGAGAGAUUCUACCGAUUCGAACUCGCUUUCACGUGUCUCUGGUUGGUCCAAGGGAAGCGCCGUUUACGGCUUCGCUCUCAGUGGUGCGCUCUAUCGAUUCCAGGUCGUCAAAAAAGAUGAAAUGACCUUACUGUGGCUGCUACAAGUGAUCUGCCUUCGAGGUGAACCCGGUCUCAGAUCGCGGUAUUCUGGAUCUGAGCCCAGACGACGACGAAUGCCCUCGUAUAGAGAACCAGAGAAAGACAACACGCAGGUCGACGGGGAUAUCCUGGGCCGGCUAGCCCAACGUGGCACCAAGGCAUUUGAGGACCUAGUAGCAUCGCUAGACUCUUCUCCUGAAGACGCAGCUGUGACAUUUCAGAAUCGACUACGAGAUUUGGCGUACUCGGUGUUGGACGUUGAUGAUGAGGAUUAUCUCAAGUCCAUUAUGGCAUGGCUCCAGCGACUCCUCCAUGUUACCAUUUGA